AGACUUUUCAAUAAACCAUAGGUUGUUGAAAUUCUUAUAGGAGUAUAAAUUUCCAUUUUGUUUGGCCUAUAACAUCGGACUCAUAUUCAUAGGUUGCUUAUUUCUCGUGAUGCUUUAGCUGUUGGUAUUGCUAUAUACGUACAUUACACAGCUUUCACCUUUUAACACUCUCACAAAAACUCUCUCUCUCUCUCUCUCUCUGAAGUAGAGUAUCACAAAACACCUGACCCGUGAAAAACCAAUUUCCCAAACACUGCAACCAGUCGUUGUUUCAUCAUCUGCAUUUUCUUCUGUGCAAAGAAACUAUCUUUUUCUCUGCUGCAAAACUUGCUCUCCAAUGUUUAAUACUUUUGCAUCUUUCUUCAUUUCUACCAAAACUGCUGCUUUUCUUGCUUACCAUUUUUUCUGCUACCUCAUUUCAUCUAUAAACAAUUUGUGACAUUGCAUUUUAUUCAUCUCUCUCUCCCUCUCUGUCUUUUGUUUGCUUCUUAAUUUCAGUUCCUUUUCCACCAAAAGGUGUUGCUUUUCAUUGUUGUUUUUGACUCUUUUCUGCAUUUUUUUAGGGGUGGCUGUCUUUUGAUCAAGAAUCUCUUUAUUUAUUUUUUUUUUUUUGUUUUCUCUCUCAAAGUUCAUUCAUUUUCAACUUGACUAGAAAUGGGCAGCGCUGAAAAGGUGGAAAUUUUUGAAUUUUUUAUACCUCGUGGCUUUUCAAGGUUCAGCUUUACUGAAAAUCUGUCUUUAACCUAUGAGUGACAUUCCACCAUAGUAAUGCUGUUCAUGAGCAAAAACUUGACAAAAAGAUUGAAUUUUUUUACUGCCCUUUUUUGCUUCUUGGUAGAAUAGAUAAGAAAUCUUUAAUUCCAGAAUUCGUGAAGGCAACCCAAAAAAUGCCAUUAUUCAGUUUGUUGAGCAUUUUGCUUUUUGGGUUGCUUUCAAGGUCUCAACUUUUGAACGCCCAGAUCAUGAAUGAUCAAGCUGCAUUAUUAGCAAUUGAGAAAGAAUUUGGAAUUUCUGUGUGGAAUGGGAAUAUCUCUGAUUAUUGCUCAUGGCCUGGCAUUUCUUGCAGCUCGAAUAAUUUAAUAGUGGAAAGGCUCGAUCUUUCUAGUCAUGGGCUGCAAGGUAAUCUCACUCUCAUCUCUCACCUCAAAUCACUCAAAUGGCUUGAUCUUUCAUACAACAAGUUUCAUGGCAUGAUUCCACCUGCUCUUGUCAACUUAUCUGAGCUUGAGUUUCUUGAUUUAUCAUUCAAUGCCUUUGAAGGGUCGAUUCCUCUAGAGUUUGGCAGGCUUAGAAAUCUCAAGGCAUUGAACCUUUCGAAUAAUUUGAUCAACGGUGUGAUCCCUGAUGAGCUUGAGAGCCUAGUGAAGUUGCAAGAUUUGAGGCUGUAUUCGAAUAGGUUGAAUGGCUCUAUCCCUCUAUGGUUAGGGAACUUAACUAGUUUGAGAGUCUUUACUGCCUAUGAGAAUGAACUGAGUGGCGUUAUUCCUCAUAAGUUAGGUUUAGUUAGUGAGCUUAAGUUGUUGAACCUGCAUUCGAACUAUUUGGAGGGAUCGAUCCCUGAGAGCAUUUUUGCAAUGCAGAAGCUAGAAACUCUGGUUCUGACUCAGAAUAGGUUUAGUGGUUGUAUCCCUGAGGCAAUUGGGAAGUGCAGAGGCCUUUCGAGUGUUCGGAUUGGUGACAACAAUUUGAGUGGAGGGAUUCCUAGAGAGAUUGGUAAUAUAAGUAGCCUCACCUAUUUUGAGGCCAACAAUAACAAUCUCUCGGGUGUGAUUGUGAUGGAGUUCUCAAAAUGCUCGAAUCUCACGCUGCUGAACCUAGCUUCGAAUAGCUUCUUUGGGACCAUACCGUUGGAGUUUGGCUUGUUGAGUAAUCUGCAAGAGCUGAUUGUGUCCGGGAACAGCCUGUUUGGAGAUAUCCCAACUCCGAUUUUGAGGGGCAAGAAUCUGAACAAGCUUGAUUUGAGCAACAAUGGAUUGAAUGGCACUAUUCCUGACAGUAUCUGCAAUGCUUCAAGACUGCAGUUCUUGCUGUUGAGCCAGAAUUCGAUAAGAGGGGAGAUACCACGCGAGAUUGGCAACUGCACGAAGCUGCUAGAGUUGCAGUUGGGAAGCAACCAUCUGACUGGAACUAUUCCCCCGGAGAUAGGGCAUAUCAAGAACCUGCAGAUUGCCUUGAACUUGAGCUCUAACCGUCUCCACGGGCAGCUGCCUGAGGAGCUAGGGAGACUGGACAAGCUGGUGUCUUUGGACGUAUCGAACAAUCAGCUUAGUGGGAGCAUUCCAUCUGCAUUGAAAGGGAUGUUGAGUUUGAUAGAGGUUAACUUCUCCAACAAUCAUUUCAGUGGCCCGAUACCCUCAUUCAUACCGUUUCAGAAAAGCUUGAAUUCAAGCUUUCUUGGAAAUAAAGGGCUCUGCGGUGAGCCUCUGAGCGUUUCCUGUGGUGGUCUUGAUGAUUCUGCUCGCGAUGCUUACCACCACAAGGUCUCUUACAAGAUCAUAUUAGCUGUUAUUGGUUCGGGUUUGGCUGUGUUCGUGUCCGUGACUGUGAUUGUGUUGCUGUUUAUGAUGAGGGAGAGGCAAGAGAAAGCUGCCAAAGAUGCAGGAAUUGCUGAAGAUGAUGAAGCUAGUGCCAAUCCAGUGAUCUUAGCAGGAAAUGUGUUUGUCGAAAACCUGCAGCAGGCGAUAGACUUUGAUGCUGUUGCUCGAGCAACCAUGAAGGACUCGAACUUGCUCAGCACGGGCACGUUCAGCACUGUGUACAGAGCAGACAUGCCUUCCGGGAUGACUCUGUCAGUUAGGAAGCUGAGAUCAAUGGACAAAACUGUCGUCAACCACCGGAGCAAGAUGGUACGAGAGGUCGAGAAACUAAGCAAGCUGUGCCAUGACAACUUGAUGAGACCAAUAGGGUUUGUCUUGUUUGAAGAUGUUGUGCUGUUGUUGCAUCAGUAUUGUCCCAACGCCACGCUGGCUCAGUAUCUCCACGACUCCACCAAGAAACCGGAUUGGCCAACGAGGCUCAACAUUGCCAUUGGGGUGGCUGAAGGGCUGGCAUUCCUCCAUCAUGUGGCCAUCAUCCACCUUGAUAUCUCUUCAGGCAACGUGGCUCUGGACUCGAACUUCAAUCCGUUGGUCGGGGAAGUAGAGAUCUCGAAGCUUCUAGAUCCAUCUAGAGGGACAGCAAGCAUCAGUGCUGUUGCUGGUUCAUUUGGAUACAUCCCUCCUGAAUAUGCGUAUACUAUGCAAGUUACAGCACCAGGCAAUGUCUACAGCUAUGGAGUUGUGCUGCUCGAGAUCCUCACGACUCAACUGCCCGUAGACGAGGCCUUUGGCGAGGGGAUCGAUUUGGUGAAGUGGGUGCACACUGCUCCUGCUCGAGGCGACACUCCCGAGCAAAUUCUCGAUGCGAGGCUAAGCACUAUAUCAUUUGCUUGCAGGAAAGACAUGCUUGCAGCCUUGAAAGUAGCUCUGCUCUGCACCGAUAGCACGCCUGCGAAACGGCCUAAGAUGAAGAGCGUCGUCGAAAUGCUUCAAGAAAUCAAGCAAGAUUAGAGCUCAUUCUCAACCAGAGAAGACAACUUAACUUCUCGUUGAUGAUCCACAACACAUUGUGCAAGAACGACCAUCGUAUUGUUAACUGAAGCUGUAAUGUUUAUAAAUAGAUGGAGAGAGAGAGAGAGGGGGGUCUUUUAGGAAGAUAAAAAUGCAGCAUGAUGUAAUUGCAGAACUACCAUUGUGUAUUCCCAUAGUGGUGUAGGCUCAAAUAUCAUUUUUAUGUAACGUUUGUAUGAGAAGUUGCAUCUUAUAUCGAGAAUAAGAAUUUGUAAAGGUUUUCAUCA